AUGGAGGAGCUUACAGCAUGUGGGGAGGAGGAAGAGGAGGAGGUGCUCAUAAAGAAGACCGGUGCGACGUCUGUCAUAUGGACCUGGUUUGGGUUUAAGAAGUCUGAUGUGGAGCAGAAAAAUAUAAUCUGCAAAGUUUGCCGGGCGACAAUAAUAGCAAAGAGAGGGAAUACAACCAAUUUGUUUCAUCACCUCAAAAUGAAGCACCCUUUGGAAUACCAAGAUAGCCAAAAACUGCGCCCUCCUCCACAAACGGCCAGUCAGUCUAGUGGAAAGAAAAAAGGUGGCCCUGCCCACCAGCAGACCGAUAUUAUGAAAGCAUUUUCUAAAGGCACUCCGUAUGACAAAAAAAAUCGGCGGUGGAUUGAUAUUACAAAUGCCAUUACCCUAUACCUGUGUAAGGACAUGGUGCCGUUUCUUACAGUGGAGAAACGCGGCUUUCAGAACAUGAUUAAGACACUCGAUCCACGUUACGAGGUACCUAGCCGCAAAUACUUUAGCCAAACUGAAAUGCCCAAACUGUAUGACAAAGUCCGUGAGCAAGUAAAGAACGAACUCCGGAGCAUAAAAUACUAUGCAACUACUACGGACUUGUGGUCAAGUCGCACAAUGGAGCCUUACAUUAGUCUCACAAUCCACUUCAUCAAUGACGAGUGGAAGUUGUGCAGCAGAUGCCUACAGACAUCUUAUUUUCCCGAGGAUCAUACGGGUGAACUGAUAUCUCAGGGAUUGAAGGAAGCGCUCGAGUCAUGGGGACUUAAAGAAGAGUUACAAGUCUGCAUAACCACCGACAAUGGCGCAAAUAUUGUGAAAGCAGUGGAAAUUAACGGCUGGACAAGACUGCAGUGCUUUGGUCACAGGCUCCACCUCGCCAUAGAGAGAAGUGUGAAAGACGCCCGUGUUGAACAUGCCAUUGGCAAAUGCAAGAAAAUAGUGAGUGCCUUUUCUUACGCUUGGAAAAGGAAGAGAGAAAUGGCUAAUGCCCAGGCUGAGCUAAACCUGCCUCCUCACCGCCUCAUCACUGAAACACCAACAAGAUGGGGGUCUCGACAGCAGAUGAUUCAGCGGCUGCUCGAACAAGAGAAGGCCAUAUCACAGGUCCUGAAAGCAGACCGGAAAACCAGGCACCUGGUACCAACUUGGCAGGACAUUGAUGUGUUAGAAUCGAUGAACAAGACCCUCAGUCCCCUGUUGGAGUUUACAGAUGCUCUGUCUGGAGAAGAGUAUGUGAGUGUGUCGACUGUCAAACCUGUGCUCCACCUUCUAAACACCACAGUUCUUCCUCUAGCUGAUGACGACAUUGACACAGAACUGACGAAGGACAUGAAGACAGCCAUCCUCAAGUAUUUAAAUGAGAAGUACUCGGACGUUGCAACUGAUGACCUCCUGGAUAUGGCCUCCUUGGUCGACCCACGCUUCAGAUCAUCAUAUAUAGCAGAUGACCGAAGAGAGUUCAUCUUCACAAAGGCAGCAGCAGAAAUUCAGGCACUGCUAGAGACGCAAGCUGUGUCUGCCACAGAGUCAUCAUCACCAUCACACACAAGCACAGGAGCUGCUGGAGAAGCCCAGAGAGAACCCAAGAGGAGUAAACGAAGUCUGGGCAGCUUUUUAAAAAAUGCAUCUGCUCAGCCUGGCCCAGCUGCCCUCACUGACAGAGAAGCGAUUAAAAUUGAGCUUAAGAGUUACCUGCAGGCACUGGAUGUAGAAGGAGAAGCUGAUCCACUGGAGUGGUGGAGGUUGCACCAGGCUAAUUUUCCCAGGGUGGCAAGCCUAGCCAAGAAAUAUCUUUGCAUUCCUGCCACAAGUGCCCCUUCAGAAAGGGCAUUCAGCACCAGUGGCAAUAUAGUAACAUGCCACCGAUCUGCACUGAAGCCCGAGACUGUGGACAAACUUGUGUUCCUGGCGAAAAACCUUGGCUGA